AUGGCACUUCUCAAACGGUCGUUCGAACGGGCGCUAAGCGGGACGGAGCGCAGCGACAGCUCACUUCUAAAGGAAUCAGGGAGUCCCUCAGGGGCACGACUGCUGAAUCGCAAUGAAGUUCCCUCGUGGUAUGCCCAUAACCCGUACAUUCGGACAGGGUAUAGGCCAGUGGUACCGUCGACUUCUCGGUGCAUUAGCAGCCUGCUGUAUCUUCACAGCGAGACUGUGAAUGUUUACUCCCAUCUCAUUCCGGCGACCAUAGCUUUGCUGGGCAACGGGCUUCUCUGUGUUUAUUUUUCUACGUCUUUUCCGGGCGCUACAUGGACCGAUCAGCUUGUUUUUCACAUUUACUUGACAACUUCGGCCAUUUGUUUUGGUAUUUCGUCUGCAUACCACACCUUUCUUUGUCAUUCUGCCCAUUUCACUGAUCUAUGGGGUCGCUUGGACUACGUUGCUAUCGUAUUCCAAAUCCUUGGUUCGUUCAUUUCGGGGAUAUAUAUUGGUUUCUACUGUGAACCACAUUUACAAAAGCUUUAUUGGUCAAUGAUUGGCUCUCUGGGCUUCCUGACCGGAUUUGUAGUGGUGCAUCCCAAACUGCAGAGCCAAAAGUGGAGACUAUUACGAUCAUCAUCAUUUGUGGCGACGGGACUUUCGGCAUUCGCUCCUAUUAUCCACGCUGCUAGUAUCUUCCCUUAUGGACAGCUCGAUCAACAAGCCGGACUACGAUAUUACUAUCUUGAAGGACUAGUCAUUGUCAUCGGGGUAUUGUUUUACGCGAGUCUUGGAAACCCGGGACUUUUGACAUUUGGGGAUCAUCUCAUCAGAUAUUCCACAUCUCAGUGGUGGUGGGUGCGACUGUUCAUUUGUAUGGAAUUUUGGUUGCUUUCCAGUGGAAUUAUGAGAAUCAGCGAUGAUGUCGAUUUCUAUACUCUCACCCAAGACUGGGAACCUCAAGACUUUCAGUCGGAAACAACAUCUAUUGCAUCGUCAAUUGCGAAGGGCCGAUUGGAAAAUGGCAGAAGGAGUCCUUCCGAUGACCAGCAAUUCGAGGCUUUUGAGAUUGGUCACAUGGUGUUUCUCGUAUUGGACAAUGGUCGAGAAAACCCUCUCCACCAUGCUCCCCUCGGCAAAUCUCCCAAGCAUAUUCUAGACAUUGGAACUGGGAAAGGAACAUGGGCUAUUGAUAUGGCAGAUAGGUAUUCAUCUGGUACACCCUCCCUUUCUUUCCCUUCCUCCUAUUGUGUCAGUCUAACGGAUUUCAGCAACUGUCCGUGGCGUCGACAUCUUCCCCCUCCAGUGACAUGGAUGCCACCCAACUGCCUACUCGAAGUGGACGAUAUCCUCCGUGACUGGACCUGGAGAGAACCAUUCGACUUUAUCCACAUGCGUCUAAUGCUAGGAGCAUUCACACCAGAUGGGUGGGAUCAAUUGUACAAGCAGUGCUACGACGCUCUUACUCCAGGCGGCUGGAUCGAGCAGAUCGAACUAGACGUACGAGUGUAUAGCGACGACGACACCCUGAAAGAAAACGGCACUCUAGCUACAUGGGGGGAUAAUUUCAUCGGCUGCUCCGAGCGAGCCGGCCGUUCCCUCCUAACGCAGGAGACAAUGCGAGGCGCAAUAGAGAAGGCCGGUUUUGUCGAUGUGCACGAAAAGCUAUAUAAAAUUCCCUUAGGGCCGUGGCCGAAAGAUAAGGUUCUCAAGGAGGCUGGUCAGCUUCAAUACGCUCAUUGGCUUGCUGCGUUGGAGGGGUGGGCUAUGUGGCUGCUAACUAAGUAUGGUGCGCCCACUCCUUGGACACCGGAGGAGGUCCAGGUGUAUCUUUCGAAGGUUCGAGCUGAGUUGAGGAAUCCUCGUACACAUGCUUAUGAACUUGGUCGCCGAGUCUGGGCUAGGAAACCUACGGUCGAGGAACAAAUGGCCAAUUUGGUAAUUAAGUCUGAGUCUCCCCAGGUGAGCCUUACACCAGCCAUGAUAUCUUGA